AUGCCCUCCAUCCUAAACGUGGCCAACAUGGCCUCCCACCUCCGCAACGUCUCCAAGGCCCGCCUGGGCAUCACAUCCGUCAAGAACACAAAAUACAACAUGCGCCUCGCCCUCGCCCUCCACCGCUCCGGCUUCAUCUCAAACGUCUACCGCGGCGGUCCCACCCCGCCCACGCUCGAGGACAUGGUCUCCAAGGAGCCCGAGGUCGUCACCAACCUCAACGCCGCCCGCAUGCGGCUCUGGCUCGGCAUGAAGUACUGGGACGGGAAGCCCGUGCUGUCCAGCGUCACCAUGAUCAGCACGCCGAAGCGCAUCAUGACCGUGGGGAUCGACCAGCUCGCCAAGCUGACGAGGGGGUUCUCCGCCAAGCUGGACGGCGGCGUCGUGCAAGGGCUGAACCUCGGGGAGUGCAUGUACGUGGGCACCGAUAAGGGGGUCCUCGAGGCCAGGGAGGCGCUGGCGCGGAAAGUGGGAGGCGUCUUGAUAUGCCGGGCGUCAUGA